GUAGACCUGGACACGAUGUUCCACACUGUAAAAAAUUAAACUUUAUAAAGGAUCUAGUGAGCGGAACGUUACGAGGCUGCAGAACCAGAGAAGUGCUGGUACAGUCGAGAUUAGAUGUGAAAAAUUAACCAGCUCCGCCUGAACAGGGUCAAUAACAAACACCCCCAUCAGAAUCUGGAUCCACAGGACGAAUGCUGGAGGCCAUGUGGUAAAAAAACAUGGCCGACCACGUGUUCUACACUCGUACUUUGAUUAUUUCAUACCGGCACCGGAGCGUUAAAGCCACAGUUUAUCUGAGGAACGCCUCUAGAACGUCUGCAGGACUGAAGGUGUCAACACAAACCGACUGCAGGACUGAAGGUGUCAACACAAACCGACUGCAGGAGUCAACACAAACCGUCUGCAGGACUGAAGGUGUCAACACAAACCGUCUGCAGGACUGAAGGUGUCAACACAAACCGACUGCAGGACUGAAGGUGUCAACACAAACCGACUGCAGGACUGAAGGUGUCAACACAAACCGACUGCAGGACUGAAGGUGUCAACACAAACCGACUGCAGGACUGAAGGUGUCAACACAAACCGACUGCAGGACUGAAGGUGUCAACACAAACCGUCUGCAGGACUGAAGGUGUCAACACAAACCGACUGCAGGACUGAAGGUGUCAACACAAACCGUCUGCAGGAGUCAACACAAACGUGUCUCUCGCCCCGCCUCAGCAGAUGGUCUCUCUGAGGAUCUGUUUCUGUUUCCACGGCGACCCGAACACGUAACACGUCUCUGAGCGGACGGAAUAAAGUUUGAUUUGGGAGGUUUGUUACAUCGUCACCUGGAGCCUGAAGACAGCGAGGGAACUAUUGAUUAUCAGGAUGAUGCUGAAUGACAGGUGGACCAUCAUGAACAACAGCAGCUCCGAGCUUGACAGCAAACGACCGAGUAAACACAAGAGGUGCUGCAGCUUCCUGUUAUGGUCCGUCGUCGUUUUAAUCGUCAUAGCAACCAUCGUCACAGUAACAGUCACUAUCCUGUACCUGAACCAGUAUCCUCUGCCCUUCAUCAGCAGUAACAGGGGCGGGGUCUCCUCCUCCUCACCUGUAAUCUCAACCAAUCCCAGAGAGUCUGGCGCCCUGGUGUCCAUCUCCCGGGUCGCAGACGGAGAGCCAAUCAGCAUUUUCUUGGACCCGAACUGUCCAGACUAUAGCGAUAGCUUCCUGCGCUGGGAGGCGCUGCAGAGCUCUCUGCUGCGAGCGCUGUCCAAUCACAACGCAGAUGACUGGCAGGACGCGGGAUUGGUCCAGAAGCUGGCCGAGGAGCUGAAGGUGUUGUCAGGCCACGCCCACCACCUGAGGCUGGAAGCUGAUUCGCUGAAAAGAGGUCAAGGUGUUCUGGACCAGCAACUGGUCGCCUUGCAGAGCGAGCAGAGCCGCAUCUCUCAGGUGUUAUCUGACAGCCACUCAGGUGUGAUGAAGCUGGCUGCAGGUUUCAGUGAUUCUCUGCUCGGCCUGCAGAGGGAGACAGAGAGUCUGAGGAGGCUCAGCAGUGAGCUGCAGAGGGACAGCAGAGACAGAGCUGGGAGACCCACAGACUGUAGUGAUGUCAUGGCGUCAGGCGGCGCUCAGGACGGCGUUUACUCUGUGUUUCCAACCCACGACCCCGACGGCUUCAUGGUUUACUGUGACAUGACCACCGAUGGAGGAGGCUGGACGGUGAUCCAGAGGAGGGAGGACGGCUCGGUGAAUUUCUUCAGAGAGUGGGCUGCAUACAGAGACGGGUUCGGCAAAACUACAGGAGAGCACUGGCUAGGUCUCCAGAGGAUCUACUCUCUCACUGGCUCCGGUGGUUAUGAGUUACGGAUCGACAUGGCUGACUUCGAUAACGCCACAGCCUUCGCUCGUUACGCUGAGUUCUCUGUUGGUCGAGACUCAGUGAACCCCGAGGAGGACGGGUACCCGCUGACCGUGGACCAGUACUCCGGGACCGCAGGCGACUCCCUCCUGAAGCACUCUGGGAUGCGUUUCACCACAAAAGACCGGGACCAGGACCAGUCAGAGAACAACUGUGCAACGUACUACCAGGGGGCGUGGUGGUACCGUAACUGCCACACCUCCAACCUGAACGGGCAGUACCUGAGCGGAGGCCACGCCUCCUACGCUGACGGCGUGGAGUGGUCCAGCUGGACGGGCUGGCAGUACUCGCUCAGGUUUACCGAGAUGAAGAUACGACCUAACGCUAAACCGGACUCCUGAUCAUCUGAGCCUAAGCCUGACCCCUGACCAUCAACCCCCCCUUAAACCCUGACCUAAACCUGACCCCUGACCUUUGACCCCGCCCUUAAACCCUGCCCUUUGAGCCAAAGCCUGACCUUUGACCUCUCUGCAGCAGCUUCAGCCGUGUGUUUGUUUUAUAAAACGUGUCCUUGUCUCUGGAAGGGGACCUGUUGUGCUCUCUGUUUUAGAUCAUACAGCGUCGGACGUUCAGACUAAAGAGUUCCACAUCGUGAGGUAAAGGACGGUAACAGUGAUUUAUUUAACAGUCUUUAUAUGGUCACGACCUGCUCCGGGCUCAGCACGCCACCAGGUACAGGGACGCCGUCCACCCGCUCAGCCUGCCUCAGUACUCCUGAGACUCUGCAGGUGUUCUGGACGUCUCGGUAGUGAAGGAAAGAUUCUUGAUGGACAGAUGGCUUUACUUGUUGCUAAGGUUACCGCUAGCUACUGCUAACUGUAGUUAGCGUUAGCUCAGUUAGCCGUAAGCUAGUCCGGGCCUGAAGACCUCGUCCUCCCGGGGGUCCCGGGGCUUGAGAUCCCAGUCCAGGCAGAGGAAGCCCCAGGAAGCUUGCUGUGAAGCCAACCUGACAUAGAGACUGACUUUUGAGCGUCUCAGAACCCCGACACGACUCGGUUCACCGUCAGAAUCCAGCACAGCAUCCGCUUCUCUUUAUACGGCCAUCAGCAGAGUUAGCUAAACCCCUCGGCGAGCUUCCUGAACUUUGUCCAGUCCUGAACACAUUUCAACCAACAGACGUCGCAUAAUUUCAUGAAUUAAGUGAAGUGUUUCCUCAAAUCAUAACUUAUAGUCAAGGUUUUAAGUCACUUUGAGUCCGUGUGAAGUCACGGGUCAUUGGUGUUAAAGUCGAGUUACAAGUCUUUUUUGAUUUUCACGUCCAAAGUCGUCAUAUCUGGGAGUCCAAGUCAUGUGACUCGAGUCCACGCCUGUGCUUUUUAAACAGUGGGUCAGAGCUGGAGAUGAGCAUCACGGGUCCCCUUAAAGAGGAAAAUCAAUGAUUUCACUGUUCUGAGUUCAUAUUGAUGAUGUGAGAGUUUACGUGAAUGUGGUUGAUUAAAGAGUUUCUGAUUGAA